UCAAACCCUCGACCGGAAGCAGCGGCGGACGGUUGGUCUAUCACAGAACCGACAGGAGCCCGCGGAGAGCACAGCUACCGGGACCCGCGAACCCGCUGGUCAGCAUGGCGGAUCCAGCCGCGCAGAACCGAUUUGAGCGCCUCACGGCGGAGCAGAUGGACGAGCAGAGGGUCCAGAACGUGGCGUACCAGUACCUGUGCAGGCUGGAGGAGGCCAAGAGAUGGAUGGAGGCGUGUCUGGGGGAGGAGCUUCCUGCUCCCACUGACUUGGAGGAGGGACUGAGGAACGGCGUCAUUCUGGCCAAACUGGGUCAUCGCUUUGCUCCGACAGCCGUCCCUCUGAAGAAGAUCUACGACCCGGAGCAGCUCAGAUUCCAGGCUGCGGGCCUGCAGUUCCGUCACACCGACAACAUUAACCACUGGAGGAACGCCAUGACGGCGUUGGGCCUGCCGGGGAUCUUCUAUCCUGAAACCACAGACGUGUACGACAAGAAGAACAUGCCAAAAGCUGUAUACUGCAUCCACGCUCUCAGCUUGUACCUGCACAGACUUGGUUUGGCUCCACCCAUUCAUGACCUGUAUGGACAAGUGAUGUUCACAGAUGAAGAGAUCAACAACAUGAAGCUGGAGCUGGACAGGUACGGAAUCCAAAUGCCAGCCUUCAACAAGAUAGGAGGCAUCCUGACCAAUGAGCUGUCGGUGGACGAAGCCGCAGUGCAUGCAGCGGUGGUUGCCAUUAACGAGGCACUGGACCGAGGAGAUGUGCACGUCACGGCUCAAACUUUGAGGAAUCCUGCUGCCUUGCUCACUGACCUGGAGGAGGCGCUGAUGUGCGUCUACCAGGAGAAGCUGCAGCAGGCGAAGAAGAGGAAGGCUCACACCGCUGUGUGUAAGCAGCGAGGAACAUCAGAGGACAGAGACUUGUAUGAGGAGUACCUGACUCGGAUGGAGAUCCAGGAUCAAAUUCAAACUGUCAAUGUUCGGAUGGCGCUGGAACAGGUGGAUGCAGCUCUGGACGCCGCCGAUGAGCGGGUUUUGCUCUCUUCACUGCAGCUGCCAUGUUUGGGCCUUAGUGGCCUCCGGACCCUAAACGGGCCUUGGUACCUGGAUCAGCUGUUGGAGGAACGCCAGCAGAAGGUUCUGGACUCUGAGGAUCCUCUGGAAGUUGCUGAGCUGCAGGAUUCGAUCUUUGCAGCAAACCUGAAAGCUCAGGAGGACAGAGAUGUAUGUGAGGCGUUGCAGCGCGUCAAUGCGGCGCUGCGUGGCAGCGACUCGCGUCACACCGUCAGCUGCCUGAUGGACAGCCACCUGCAGCUGCCAGAGGUGUUCCCAUCUGCUGCUGAUCUGUACCACAGAGAGCUCCAGCAUCUGCAGAAACGGACUGCACAGGGGGGGCUAAAGCAGGAGGAGCUGUUUGUGGCAGUGGACAUGCUGUCGGCGGUGGCGCUCAUCAACAACGCGCUGAAGGCGGGACAUCAGCAGCAGUUCAACGCCGCUGUGCUCAGUCUGUCCGCAGGACUCUCUGAUGUGGACCCCGACCUGUUGCACAGGUACUGUCUGCACCUGACGGAGGUGAAGCAGAGGGCGGGGCACGAUCUGCUGACCUGGAAUCAGCUGCAAGAGGGAAUCACCGACGUCAACAAGGCAGUGAAAGAUGAACACCAGCAGCUGCAGGCCGUUGGCUGCAUCAACCAAGCUGUGCUGAGAGCAGACCCCCAGCAGCUGCUGUCUGCUCUUCUGCUGCCCUGCUGUGGACUUGAGGGGGUGGUUCCCUCAAACCGGGGUAGAUACCUGACUCUGCUGAGCCGGAGGAGACGGCACAAAGCCCAGAUGAGCGGAGACCCGGAGGCGGAGCUGUGGUUAGCGGACAUCAGAGCUGCAGUGGACCAGGCCAACCAACAGAGCCAGAAAGCUCUGAAACUUUGCCUGGCGGCGGCGGCGGCGAACCAGGCAGUGAAGGAAAACCGGAUCAAACAGACCCUCCAUGUUCUGGCUUUACCUGAGCUGCACCUGCAGGAGCUUUUGUCUGACUGUGCAGAAGAAUACCAGAGACAGCUGAGAGCCCUGCUGGAGUCCAGGACGCGCUCAGGAGACAACAGGAGUCCGUGGGUCCAAAUGCAACUUCAGGAUGGCUCCGCCUACUAUUUUCACUUGAAGAACUUAAAGGGAAGCUGGGAAGCGCCUGACAAUUUCAUCCACAACAGUGUGUUCAUAAACCAGCAGGAGAUACAGGAUGUGGUGAGCGGGGUUUCCGCGGCGCACACUCGCAGCAUCCUGUGGCGGAGCAGAGAGGCGCUCAUUGUUGGGCUGCAAGCGCGAUGUCGGGGUUUCCUGGUCAGACGGCAGCGGCAGGCGCGCUGCCGUUACCUGCAGAGUCACUCCCCUGCUGCUGUCGUCAUACAGGCCAACUGGAGGAGGUUCGUCCAGCAAAGGGCGUACCGGCGGCGGCUGCAGUUGCUCUACAUGAACUGGAGGGCAGUGGUGAAGAUCCAGUCCCUGGUGAGGAUGUGGUUGAUGAGGAGAAGAUAUCGAGACCGACUGCGGUUCUUCAGAUGCCAUGUUGGCGCAGUCGUCAAGAUCCAGGCGUUCUUCAGAGCUAACAGAGCGCGACACGAAUACAGGAUGCUGGUUCAUUCCACCACGCCCCCCUUGUCAGUGGUCAGGAAGUUCCUUCACCUGCUUGACAUGAGUGACGGAGACAUCCGGGAGGAGGCGGAGCUUCUGCGUCUCACUGAGGAGGUGGCGAGGACCAUUCGCUUUAACCGACAGCUGGAGGGUGACCUGGACCUGAUGGACCUGAAGAUCGGUCUGCUUGUGCGGAACAGAGCCACACUGCAGGAAGUGGUUUCUCACUGCAAGAAGCUUACCAGGAAGACCAAAGAGCAACUGUCGGACAUGAUGGAUGUGGAGAAGAGCAAAGGCUUAAAGGCUCUGAGCAGGAAGAGGAGGGAAAGGCUGGAGGCCUACCAGCACCUGUUCUACCUGCUGCAGACGCAGCCUCUGUACCUGGCUCAGCUGAUCUUCCUGAUGCCUCAGAGUCGCUCCAACUCCUUCAUGGAGAUGUUGGUGUUUAGUCUGUUCAACUAUGGCUCCGACCGCAGAGACGGCUUCCUGCUGCUGCAGCUGUUCACUGCAGCUCUGCGAUAUGAGAUCAGCCUGAAGGUCACACAGCCUCAGGACAUUGUCACUGGGAACCCCACCGUCAUCAAGAUGAUGGUGAACUUUUACCGCCAUGCUCACGGUCAGAACCCCCUCCGGGAGGUGCUGGGUCCGGCUCUACAGGACCUGCUGCUGGACAGAACCCUCAGCAUCAGAACUGACCCAGUGGAGGUUUACAAGUCCUGGAUCAACCAGACGGAGACCAAGACUGGACUAAAGAGCUCUUUACCGUACGAGGUUUCUUCUGGAGACGCUCUGUCGCACCCGGAGGUCCAGAGGAGGAUCGACAUCGCCGUCAUUAACCUGAAGAACCUGACUGACCGAGUCCUCAAAGCCAUCACCUCCAACCUCCACAAAGUUCCCUACGGGCUGCGGUUCUCCGCUAAAACACUCCGGGACGCCCUGAAAACCAAGUUUCCUGAAGCUGGAGAGGACGAGCUCUACAAGAUUGUGGGGAACCUGGUGUAUUACCGCUACAUGAACCCGGCCAUUGUGGCUCCAGACGGUUUCGAUGUUCUGGAGCGCUCCACCGGCUCCGCCCUGCUGCCGGAGCAGCGCCACGUCCUGGGCUCUGUCGCUCGGAUGCUGCAGCAAGUUGCUGCCAACAAGCACUUCCAUGGAGACGGGUACCACAUCCGGGCCCUGAACCAGUACAUCAGCCAGACUCACGCCAAGUUCUGGAGCUUCCUGCAGGCGGUCUGUGACGUUCCUGAACUGGAGCAGCACUUCAGCAUGGACGAGUACUCUGAGCUGCUGAUCCUCAACCGGCCCGUCAUCUACAUCUCUGUCAGCGAGCUGCUCAACACGCACCAGCUGCUGUUGGACCACCAGGACGCUUUGUGUCCGGACCCGUCAGACCCGCUGAAACUCAUUCUAAAGGACCUCGGAGCGGUUCCCUCUCUGGAGGACCUCGCUGGUUCUGCGGCAGAGGCAGAGCUGAGUAAGACGGAGGUUUCUCUAACCCUGACCAACAAGUUUGACAUCUUCAGUGACGCCAAGGAGGAAAAAGACGCCAAAGGACUUCUGCUCAGCACCAAGCAGCUGAUUGUUGAUGUCAUCAGGACGCAGUCAGGAGACUCUCUCAGUGACAUCCUGAGGACACAGACCUCACCUGCCCAGGAAGCCCGUCAUGAUUGGUUGCUGCAGCGUAGAGCCCGGCAGGACGCGCAAACGCCGGAGAAGAUGAAGAGGAACCAGUCGCUGGUCGCCAACAGCAACCUGAGCCUGGAAGAGAAGAAGAGGAAGAUCCUGCGGAGUCUUCGCUGUCUGGAGACACUUGGGGUCUUGACGCCACCGCAGACCGAGAGCCAGAUUCUCCAGCAGAUCGCCAAGGACAUCCGACAGCAACGUUUGCGCCGGCAGCGGCGAGGGGCGGAGCUACAGAAGCUGCGUCAGACCCUAAGCUGCCUGCAGGAGAAAAGCAACUUUCACAGCGAGCAGGUGGACUACUACAGACAUUACAUCACUUCCUGUCUGGACAACCUGACCCCCCAAAGUAAAUCAACCAAUAAAAAGACAGCAGAUGGCAAAAAGAAGCUUUCUGCUCUGAGCUACAGCGCCACCCGGCUGCAGGAGAAGGGAGUGCUGCUGGAAAUCCAGGACCUGCCUACAACGCAAUUCAAGAACGUCGUGUUCGACAUCGUCCCUGGACCUGAGAAGGGAAGCUUCCGCGUCAAAGCACGGUUCCUCGGAGUGGAGAUGGAGGAGUUCCUCCUUAAGUACCAGGACCUGCUGCAGCUGCAGUAUGAGGGCGUGGCAGUAAUGAAGAUGUUUGACAAAGCCAAGGUCAACGUCAACCUGCUCAUCUUUCUUCUCAACAAGAAGUUCUUCAAGAACUAAAGGCCGGGUUCUCCGUCUGUGUCCUCCUCUCCGUUCCUGUGGACAGAGUGGGAUGUCUUUCUGAGACAUAUCUGUGGACUAACCCCACCCCAGAGUGGCGCGUCACUCCUAUGUUUGUGUGUUUUCUCUGCACUCUAACACAAGGCUCACACUUUAGACGGCGAGUCUUCUGGACCACAGCAUCAUGUCUGUCUGCAACAGUCUCCCUUCUGUGGGCGGGGCUUUCCUGUCAGAUGUGAUUGGUUACUGCAGUAUCUGUUGUUUUCAAGCUUUUCUUUGACGCUUUUUCUGAACGAGGUCUGUAUUUGUCUGUUUUUAUUUCUAUGUUUGAAUUUUUCAAAUAAACAACUUUUCUGGUGAAGU